AUGGAUACAGAAGAUAUGAGCUCAGGAAAACUUGGCCAAAUCUUGAAGCAAAUUUGGAGACAAAACAUAAUGCUAAAGCAGGUGCUCCAGGGUAAUGAGCAGUUUGAAGACAACGACAAGGGCACUUGGAUAGCUACUGUGGUCUUUCUAGGUCAAGGGCUCAGUGGGGCUCUACAUCAACUUUUGGAUUUCACUGCAGGAAACCUCUAUGCUAUCUGCCAGCAGCUACAUGGAAUACUUGACAAGGAGAAUCAAUAUAUCUGGAGACAAGAAAUUAUGAGUUUCAUAGACUGUCUCAUGAAAAUAAAUGAAUAUUUGGGGAGUACUGCUACAUUUCUCAAAAAAGAAGAAAAUGAGAUGUAUAAUUUAUGCAGCAUGCAUGAUAAAUGUACUCCAAAGCAGACAAUGUCCACCAUUCACGAUAUCAAAGCAACAGACAUUGCUGCAAGAGAGGAACAAAAUGUCAUAGAAACAGCUACUGUUUCUCCCACAAAUGGAGAGGAAAGUCAUUACACAAACCAGGUCCAGUUAACAAGAAAUCAAACCCAUAUGAAUUCAGAAUUAAUAGAAAAAGAAAAUAACACAUCAUUGAAUGGUGACAUAACAGAGAAUGGCAAAUCACAGAACACAAUGUCCCCUGUUGAUGUGGAAAAUGAAGAUAAACAAAAGGAACACAUGACUGUUGAGAACAUAAAUGGCAGCAGGGAAGAGAUGCAUGACAUAGCACAGACAACAGAAAGAGAAUUUCAAGAGACCUCAGAAAGCCAAAGAGGAGAGAUGAUCAUAUCUUCAAUAACAAGUGAUAACUCCAGUAAAUAUGUGAAUAGACUUUCCGAUGAUUCAUUGACUCUAAAGCAAGAGAAUAACAUAGUUGAAAAGGAAUAUCUUGAUGCACUGAGUGAUAAUGACCGCCAAGUGUCUUGUUAUAUCACAGCACAAUCCUAUGUUCUACAGCAUCUAGAAUGCCGGAUAACCAACAAUAUGAGUUCUUCAAUAGUCAGUGAUAAUGAAGAGUUGGUCAGCAAUGUCAUCACUGUUGAGUUCUCAUGUCAAGAAAUGAGUAUUCCAUUUCCAAUCUGCAUUGCAAUUCCAUUUAUUGCACGUUACAGGGGAAAUUAUAGAGAUAUUAUGGUGAAAGUGUCUGAUGUAAACCUUCAGUCAAGCUACUUAAACCCAAAUUCACUUGAAGGAAUGAGAGGAUGUUAUAAGGGCACCUGUGCAGAGGUGCAAGUUUACAAGUUGGGCAUAUUUUCUGUUAUAUCUUGUUUAAAGAAAGAGUUUUUCACAGUUACAAAGAAAGGACUCACUCUCAAGCCAAGUAUGGAUUCUCGAAUAUCCUUAAAUUAUCCUCCUGGAGUUUUCAACUCACCAGUGUGUGUGCAAUUAAAGGUCCAACCAGUAGAUCCAACUUUGGUGGCACAUUUAAGAACACAGCAAGACAUUUCAUGUUUGAUACUAGCCACAAGCCCUCUGAUUCAUGUUCAACAUCCAUUAACACAUACUUUCCAGAAGCCAGUCACUCUGUUCCUACCUUGUUCUCCACACACUGAAAAAAAGAAUCAUGAUUCUGAGACUGAUCAUAAAAAAAUCGCCAGUGCCACAACCAAGAGAAACAUACCAUUAUACUUCAACAGGACAAAGUUGUUUCCCAUCAGAAAACCUGGAAACAAUGCCUGUGAUUCUUUGAGAUUAAUGGGAUUCAGGAGCAGAGACAGUGGUUGGUUUGGAAUUGAUGAUGUUGUGGUGAGAACCAUGCAGAAUGGCUUGGUAUCAUUUGAACUGAAUGAACAUCUAGAGAGGUUCGUUGUGCUUCAGCUCUCUUCCACUGUGGACAACAUCCACUUGGUAUCUUUUGUGAAAUCUUUAGAGGAAGCUCUGCUUAGCACCAUGGCCUGUCUUGUGCUAUAUCACCAGAAAGACAAUCCACGUAGGGUGGUUAUUUCAGUGGUACCUUCUAAAGAGUUGAACCAGCUACUUAAGAGCUUGCGAUUAGAAGGUUUCAGCGCUUCUCCAGAGCCCACCCCGUCUCAUUUUCAAAUAAAAGAAGGAGAACAACUUCUUUUGAGAUUUACUGGAAACAUAUUUGCCUCAAGCAAUGGGAAGGACUAUGGAAACUACUACAAACUUAUUUUUCACUUACAAAGGAAAAACAGAUUGGAACUCCAAAUCAAAGAAGUUGAUGAAUUUGGAAAUUACAGCUGCUCUCAUUAUAAGGGCACUAUUGUAGUUUAUAAAAUACCUAAAGAAAAGCUAGUUUUCAACAUGGAUCAGUCUCUUAUAUUUAAUGAGAACCAUUCUGAUUUGCCAAUUUGCAAGUUGCCUUUAAGACUGCCAAAGCACAUAAAAAAAUUAAUCAACCGCCCACGGAGUACCAAGAGAAUUUCUACAGAUCCUUUAGAAACCCUCUGGGACAACUUGCUCUAUUGGCUGGCGGAGGAGCUCACAGAGGAGAACGCCAUGGGUCUGGCUUCGUCCCUCCCUCUGCGAAGCAGCUCCAUCCAGCUCAUCAGGCUGAAGAACCCCGACGACCUCACGGAGCAAAUCCACGAAUUGCUUUCCUUCUGGAAAAAAUCGCUCCCCAAUUCUACCGACAAGCCCCGCUUGCUGGCUCGCCACCUGCGCAAGAUUGGCAGGAGUGACCUCUCAGAGGAGCUCAAAUUCAAGUGGGAGAACAAAGUGUUCACAGAACGCCAGCAGUGGUUUGACAUGGCUGAGUAAAGAUGCGGUGGCAUGCUCUUUGGUUUACUCUAAAAAAAGCAUUCUGGGGGCCUAAUAAUGUCACUCUCAACAUCUUACAGGGAAUUCUCAGAUAGCAUUGGUAGA